UAUUGCUUACGCAAACAUUAAUUAAUCUGUAAAACUAAAUCAUUUGAGGCAACACUGUUCGUGCGUAUCACCGGCGAAUAAAUGAACCACUUCAUCGCCAGAUCAGCGAUGCGCCGCGCUGUCGCCGGCGCUACCCCCCGCUGCUACGCCGCGACGGCGUUGAGGACGCGUGUGUUCCCGCCGGCGCCCGGCGUUCAGGUUGAAGGUUUUACCGCGGCGUUGCAACGGAUGAUGAGUUCGGGGGCGGAGCCUACGUCGUCGCCACCGCCAUCAGCGGCGAAGGCUGCGAAGAGCAGCGAGUUGCCGCCGGAGAAAGGUGGUGAGGUGGUUUCGAGCUAUUGGGGGAUUUCCAGACCUAAAGUCACGAGGGAGGAUGGCACGGAGUGGCCGUGGAACUGCUUCAUGCCAUGGGAAACUUAUGCGGCAGACGUAUCAAUUGAUCUCCACAAGCACCACGUCCCAAAGACAUUCAUCGACAAAUUAGCAUUUAGGACUGUGAAACUUCUCAGAAUCCCUACGGAUGUGUUUUUCAAGAGGCGGUAUGGGUGCCGUGCAAUGAUGCUGGAAACCGUGGCUGCUGUUCCUGGUAUGGUGGGAGGAAUGCUGCUGCAUCUUAGGUCCCUUCGCAAGUUCCAGCAGAGUGGGGGGUGGAUCAAAGCAUUGCUCGAAGAAGCUGAGAAUGAGAGGAUGCACCUGAUGACGAUGGUGGAGCUCGUGAAGCCCAAGUGGUACGAGCGGCUGCUGGUCCUCACUGUUCAGGGCGUCUUCUUCAACGGAUUCUUCGUAAUCUACUUGCUGUCCCCGAAAAUGGCUCACAGGGUUGUGGGUUAUCUAGAGGAAGAGGCUGUACAUUCGUACACUGAGUUCUUAAAGGACAUAGACAGUGGUGCAAUAGAAAACAUUGCAGCUCCUGCCAUUGCAAUCGAUUACUGGAGGCUUCCCAAAACCGCAACUCUCAAGGAUGUUAUCACUGUCAUCCGCGCUGAUGAAGCUCACCACCGUGAUGUCAACCAUUUUGCUUCCGAUAUUCAUUAUCAGGGAAAGGAGUUGAGAGAAGCACCAGCUCCUGUGGGAUAUCACUAGAUGUUCUUCUCUUAUGCUGAUGAGUUCAAAAAUAAUGUUGGAUGACUUACUGUUAUUGGUUAAUACAGUGUCUUUGUCAUUUUACUUGUGUUUGGCAUCUGGCUUUUCAUAAGAAGCAAAUCGAAAUUAUUGGAUGAGUAUUAAUUUUGCUCUUCGCAUAUAACUAUGGUGGCAUGUUUCAGUAUAGUUUGCUAUAUGUAUAAGUAUAUAAUUUCUA